CACUUGUGACUGCAUCAGCAAACCUGUGGUCUGGCUCUGGACUCGGACACCCUCUAGCAUGCACGCCUUUAGAGCUGCAGCAAGAACCGGACCAAAUCUGUAACUUAUUAAAAACUAUAAUCCAGAUCAAAGUUCCUCUUCAGUUCCUUCCUUUGUCAGCAGGUUUGUGUGGCUGCCAGAGGAAGGCGCUUCCAUCGGAAUAACAACAUGGGAUCUGGAGGUGGUUUGAGGAGAAUUGCUGCGCUCAUUGGACUUUUUGUCAUCUUCAAGGCACAGGCCUUUCCGACCGUCGCUGAUGAAGAUGCAGAUGCAGGUGAACUGAGAGAUGAUAUUCCAGAGAUUAACAGAGGACUGGAACACCUGCUUGAGGGGGACAUUGCAGCUGGUGUGAGUGGCCCAAAACUGAGCAGGAAUGCAAUUGUAAACCAGACCAGAAGGUGGGCGUUUCCCAUACCAUACAUCCUAACGGACUCCUUGGAGCUGAAUGCCAAAGGUGUGAUUCUCCAGGCGUUGGAAGAGUACCGCAUGAGAUCCUGUGUGGACUUCAAGCCCUAUGAAGGAGAGACUAGCUUCAUCUCUUUCACCAAACUUUCUGGGUGUUGGUCAUACGUUGGAGACGAGAGAAAAGGCCAGAAUGUGUCCAUUGGGGAAAGAUGUGACACCAAGGCUAUCGUGGAACACGAGCUCCUCCACGCUUUGGGUUUCUACCAUGAACAGUCUCGUUCGGACAGAGACGACUACGUUAAGAUUUGGUGGGACCAGAUCGAAGAAGGGAAGGAGCACAAUUUUAAUAAGUAUGAGGAUGACUUCAUCACUGACCUGAACACUCCGUAUGACUACGAGUCCAUCAUGCACUACAGACCCCUGUCCUUCAACAAGGAUGAAACCACCCCAACCAUAACAACCACCACACCGUACUUUAACACUGUUAUUGGUCAGCGGCUGGACUUCAGUGAAGUGGACAUCACCAGACUCAACCGCAUGUAUGACUGUGCCAACACCCUCACUCUCCUGGACCAGUGCUCUUUUGAACAGAUAGACAUCUGUGGAAUGAUCCAAAACGAGGAGGACAAUGCAGACUGGGUUCAGAUCCUGAGCAGUCCAAGUGAUGCAGAUCACACUCUAGCAGGCCGUUGCAGAGAUUCUGGCUACUUUAUGAAGUUUGACACAUCUACUGGUGCAGCAGGCAGCAGCGCCCUGCUGGAGUCACGUAUCCUCUACCCGAAGAGAGACGAACAGUGUCUGCAGUUCUUCUACAGGAUGACUGGAGCGGCCGGGGACCAGCUGGUGUUAUGGAUCAGGACUGAUGAUGGAACAGGGACGGUGAGAAAUGUCAAGAAGAUCCUCACCAUUACAGGUGAUGGAGAUGACGCCUGGAAAAUAGCCCAUGUUACUUUGAAAGUGACAGAAAAAUUCCGUUAUUUCUUCCAAGGAAUCAGGGGAUCAUCCAACUCCUCAGGUGCCAUUUUGAUUGAUGACAUCACCCUCACCGAGACUGUCUGCCCAAGUCUUGUUUGGCAGCUUCGUAACUUUACCCAUUUUCUUACCACCACUCCUGUUGGCACGUUUCUUCGAAGCAAAUGCUUCUACAACAUGGAGGGCUACUCUUUUGGUAUCAGUGUUUACCCAAAUGGAAGAGAAAGUAAUUACUCAGACUACGUUGGCAUCUUCCUGCACCUCUGCAGCGGGGAAAACGAUGCAGUCAUGCAGUGGCCAGUAGAAAACAGACAGGUCACCGCUGUUGUGAUGGACCAGGAUCCAGAUGUUAAACUAAGGAUGUCCUCCACAAGAAGCUUCACAACAGACGCGAAUGCUCGCUGGAACAAACCGACGGCCUCUUCAGGAGCCGUUUGGGACGAAAGCUGCCGAUGCUUCCGUGGUCCCGACUUUGGCUGGAGGACGUUCAUUUCUCACAAUCACCUAAAAAGAAGAAGCUUCCUAAAAAAUGACGACCUCAUUAUUACAGCUGACUUCAACGAUUUGACCCACCUGAUCCAGACAGAGGUCCCAGUCCAACCGGACAUGAAAACGCACGAUGAGGAGGAAGUCGAAGAGGUGGAAGUGAAACACAACAAUCCGAAACCCAGAGAAGCGCGUGCUGCUGACGCCUGUCACCCUAACCCGUGCUUUAAUGGAGGCCUGUGUGUGGAGAGUGCAGGGACCUUCAGCUGCAGAUGUGAAACAAGCCAGGCAGCUUUCUCCGUGGGGUCACGGUGCGAGGUCAUGCACGCUGACAGAGGGAUUCUGGGAGCUCUCAUUGGUGGAGCAGCAGGAGCUGUCGUUCUGACACUGGUCAUCUUCGCCGUCAUCAAGAAAACUCAAACAAACACAUUUUAGAAGAUUCCCGGUUCCUCUGAAUGUGAAAAUGUUCCUUUUAUAAAAUGCACUCAUGAGUCAUAAAAGUCAUCGUUAUUCUUAUUAGAGUUAUUUCACGUCUGCUGAAGGCUGCCAGUCAAUAAUGUGACUUAUUCUUUAUUCACAUCUUUAUUUCAUGACAUCAUUCAGCUACGUACACGCUUACACAAACAUCAUAUACGGCGUUAAAUUCAUGUAAAACUAUAUAAACUUACAGAUUUGUCUUUAAAUGAACGGCUCAAAGCUAUUUACAGUCAGCAUGACGUUAGAAUAUGUGAAAAGGUCCAGUGAUACUGUAUGUUUGCACUUCGAGCCAGACAUUAAACCUAUACAUCUAUA